AAAAAAAUAAAUAGAAAAGGUCUCGUCAACUUUGCUUGUAAAAAAAAAUACAAUAUCUGUAUAGUGGUUUUUACAACAUAGUUAUUAAUAACUAAUAUGAAUAUCUAAGCAUUUUGUUAUAUUAUCAUUUAUAGUAAUAUUAUUCCAUAUAAAAAGUGUCUGUGUUCUUUAAUAUCACAUAAUAACAUGGGCAAUGAAUAAAAUUCAAAUCUACAUACCAAAAUUGUAUGUUUCUUAAUAAGAGUGUAUCUUGGUGUAAAGAUAAUUUAUCAUAAAAAAAGAAGUGUCAAACGUUGUCCAGUUCCCGAGAUAGAUGAAGAAAGAAAGAGAAAGUAAUCACAAUAGAAAAGUGAAAAAAUAAACUACAGUAUACAAACACUAUAUGAAUUUAAAACCAUGCAUUAUAGAGAUGUUAAAUAGCCUUCACAUAAGGCUGAUACAUCUCUGGAACAAAAAUGAGAUCAUAAAGAUGGAGAAAAAGGAAAAAAAGAAAAAGGCUAAUACAACUAAUGGAAAGGGUGGUCCUAAACGCAAUCGAGGGAAUAAUGCACGAGGACGAAAUGGACUUAGAGGUCGAGGUGCAAGAACUAAUAAACGUAAUAUUGGCACAUUGAAGAAAGAACAGAAAUGGCAGCGUGGUCAAAAUGCUAAUAUUCGUGGUAGUUUUACUAAAAAACGUUUUAUCAAAAACGGUGGAGUUGCUUCACAAAAUAUACUAACAUUAAAUCAGAAAGCUAACGUAAGAGGAAAUGUAAAUGUACGACGUGGUCGUGGAAAUCGUUAUGGUUUAACACGUAGUCGAAGUAGAACAAAUUUGACUGUUACGAAAGCUGGAUUUUUUACUGCUAAUAAAACAACACUGAAAAGAGCAAAUAGUGUGGGUAGUGUCAGAGAUCCAACUUCUGUUCACAAUCGAUUAGGAUAUCAAAGCCCAGCACAAAUUGCAUAUCGAAAUCAUGUUAAAAGAGCGAAGCAACUUCUCCUCCAAAGGCAAAAUCGACUUAACUUUCAAAAUCAAUUUAGAAUGUUGCAAGCAGGAAAAUCACCACUUUCACUACAGCAAAGACCAUUAGAACGGCGUCAACAAAUUUUAACUUCUCAAAGAAGAUUUACAACUGGUGGUUUACGUUCUGAUCAAAUUGCACGUGCUCAAAGAAGAUCUCAAUAUGAACAGAAACUUAUGAGAAUGAACUCUGCACGAAUCACGCCUUCUAAUGUGAAUUUCAUGUGCACUUUAGGUAAUGAUUAUACACCAAAUACACAUGAACAUUCCUUAAGUCUUGCACAGAACAGAAAUGAAAGAAACAUGAGUGGUCUUCAACAAUUAUUGAGAGGGCGUUCACCAAUUACACAAACGAUACAAAAUUUAAACAUGAUUGGUAGAUCUCCUGUAUUUGGUCGACAGCGUUCACGGUCAAGAUCACGUUCUCGUUCACGCACACGUAACGUUCCUAUGUCUGAUUCAGGAGCCGAUUUAGAUGAUCGUACUUUUAGUAAAAUUAUGUAUAGUAUAUCGGCAAGUCUUGGUGUCACAGGACGAACCCUUAAUGAUAGAUUUAGUUUUUAAAUGCAAUAAAACAGAUUCAUCUUACAUUCAGAAUGAAAGACUGGCAAAUUCAGUGCACAUGAGUUAUAACAUUUUCAGUUUUAAUUAUUAAUGGGGAGAUGUGCUGUUUUUUGCAACUUA